UCAGGCCAAGCAUGUCAGGGCUUCAUCUUAUCAAGAGAGGCCGAGAGCACAAGAAACUGGAUCUCCACAGGGACUUCACUGUCGCCUCACCUGCCGAAUUUGUGACUCGUUUUGGGGGGAACCACAUUAUUGAAAAGGUUCUGAUUGCAAACAAUGGCAUUGCUGCUGUGAAGUGCAUGCGCUCCAUCCGCAGGUGGGCCUAUGAAAUGUUCAGAAAUGAGCGAGCCAUUCGGUUUGUGGUCAUGGUCACACCUGAAGAUCUUAAAGCAAAUGCUGAGUACAUCAAAAUGGCUGACCAUUACGUGCCCGUCCCUGGGGGAGCCAACAACAACAACUAUGCAAACGUAGAGCUGAUUGUGGAUAUUUCCAAGAGGGUUCCAGUGCAGGCCGUGUGGGCUGGCUGGGGCCAUGCUUCUGAAAACCCAAAGCUUCCGGAGCUGCUGCACAAACAUGGGGUGGCUUUCCUAGGUCCUCCCAGUAAAGCCAUGUGGGCUUUGGGAGAUAAAGUGGCCUCCACCAUUGUGGCCCAGACUAUCCAGAUCCCCACAUUGCCCUGGAGCGGAAGUGGUCUUGUGGCAGAAUGGACAAAGGAGGAUUGUGAGCAGCAGCGAACAAUCAGUGUCUCCCUACAGACUUAUGCACGAGGCUGUGUAAAGGACGUGGAUGAAGGUCUGGAGGUGGCUGAGAGGAUUGGCUACCCCGUGAUGAUAAAAGCUUCGGAGGGCAGUGGUGGCAAAGGAAUCCGGAAGGCAGAGACUGGUGAGGAAUUCACUGGCUGCUUCAGACAGGUGCAGAGCGAAGCCCCAGGAUCCCCUAUCUUUGUGAUGAAAUUAGCCCAGCACGCCCGGCACGUGGAGGUGCAGGUGCUUGCUGAUCAGUACGGGGAUGCCAUUUCAUUGUUCGGCCGCGACUGCUCCAUACAGCGCAGGCAUCAGAAAAUAAUUGAAGAGGCACCGGUGACGGUAGCAGCUCCCUCUGUGUUUGACUUUAUGGAGAAGAGCGCAGUACGCCUGGCGAAGAUGGUGGGUUAUGUGAGUGCAGGCACAGUUGAAUACCUCUAUAGUGAAGAUGGAGGCUUCCACUUUCUGGAGUUAAAUCCCCGCCUGCAAGUAGAACAUCCUUGCACAGAAAUGAUUGCUGAUGUGAACUUACCAGCUGCUCAGCUCCAGAUUGCAAUGGGAGUCCCCUUGCACAGAAUCAAAGACAUCCGAGUGCUAUAUGGAGAGUCGCCGUGGGGCGAUACGCCCAUCUGCUUUGAGAGCCCUGCAAAUGCCCCAGUGCCCAGAGGCCAUGUCAUUGCUGCCAGAGUCACCAGUGAAAAUCCUGAUGAGGGGUUCAAGCCAAGCUCGGGGACGGUGCAGGAGCUGAAUUUCCGUAGCAGCAAGAACGUCUGGGGUUAUUUCAGUGUGGCAGCUGCUGGCGGUUUGCACGAAUUUGCUGAUUCACAGUUUGGACACUGUUUCUCCUGGGGAGAGAACCGGGAAGAGGCUAUCUCGAAUAUGGUUGUGGCACUGAAAGAGCUGUCGAUCCGUGGGGAUUUCAGAACAACAGUCGAGUACCUGAUUAAGGUGCUGGAGACAGAGAGCUUUCAGAACAAUGAGAUAGACACUGGUUGGCUGGACCACCUGAUUGCUGAGAGAGUACAGGCCGAGAAGCCGGACACCAUGCUGGGCGUGGUUUGCAGUGCUCUGAAUGUAGCCGAUGCCUUGUUUAGGACUUGUAUGACCGACUUCCUGCAUUCGCUUGAAAGGCUGAACAUUGUAGAGGUGCAGCUCAUUUAUGAAGGUGUGAAGUAUGUACUCCAGGUUGCCCGUCAGUCUCCAACAACAUAUGUCAUUAUAAUGAAUAACAGUCACAUCGAGAUAGACGUGCACAGGCUGAAUGAUGGUGGGGUGCUACUUUCUUAUGAUGGUAACAGUUACACCACGUACAUGAAAGAAGAAAUUGACUGCUACCGAAUCACCAUUGGUAAUAAAACCUGUGACUUUGAAAAGGAGAAAGAUCCGACCGUGCUGAGAUCGCCAUCUGCUGGGAAACUGCUGAAGUACACUGUGGAGGAUGGAAGCCAUGUCUUGAAGGGGCACAGUUUUGCGGAGAUAGAGGUGAUGAAAAUGAUCAUGACUCUGGCAGUGGAGGAAUCUGGCCAUAUACACUAUAUAAAACGGCCAGGAGCAUUGUUAGAGUCAGGUUGUGUCAUAGCUGGCCUCGAGUUAGAUGACCCAACCAAAGUGCACCCCGCUCAGUUGUAUACAGGUAGCCUCCCCAUUCGGCAGAUGUUGCCAAUUGCUGGCCUAAAGCUACACCAGGUCUUUCACAAUGUCCUGGAGAAUAUGAUCAAUGUCAUGAAUGGGUACUGCUUGCCAGAGCCAUAUUUCAGUGCAAAAAUGAAAGAAUGGGUGGGUGUGCUGAUGGAGACCCUCCAGGACCCUUCCCUGCCUCUUCUGGAGCUGCAGGAAAUCAUGACGAGCGUGUCUGGCAGAAUCCCGCCCUCCGUGGAGAAAUCUAUUCGAAAAGUAAUGGCACAAUAUGCUAGUAACAUCACCUCGGUGCUGUGUCAGUUCCCCAGUCAACAGAUUGCCAGCAUACUGGACAGCCAUGCAGCCAGUCUGCAGAGGAAGGCAGACCGGGAAGUCUUCUUUAUGAACACACAGAGCAUUAUGCAGCUAGUCCAGAGGUACCGCAGUGGCAUUCGGGGCUACAUGAAAUCCAUAGUCUUAGACUUGCUUCGAAGAUAUUUGCAAGUGGAAACCCAGUUCCAGCAAGCCCACUAUGACAAAUGUGUGAUAAACCUGAGGGAGCAGUACAAAUCAGACAUGACCCCGGCGCUCGAGUGCAUCUUCUCGCAUGCCCAGGUGGCAAAAAAGAAUCUACUGGUGAUCAUGUUAAUUGAUCAGCUGUGUGGUCGAGACUCCACUCUGACGGAGGAGCUGAUGGCCAUUCUCAAUGAGCUAACACAGCUCAGUAAAACGGAGCACUCCAAAGUGGCUUUGCGAGCCAGACAGGUUUUGAUUGCUUCUCACCUCCCUUCUUAUGAAUUGAGAUACAACCAGGUGGAGUCCAUAUUCCUGUCUGCAAUCAACCUGUAUGACCACCAGUUCUGCCCUGAAAACCUAAAGAAACUGAUCCUUUCAGAAACCACCAUCUUCGAUGUGCUCCCCACCUUCUUCUACCAUUCCAACCAGCUGGUGCGCAUGGCCUCUCUGGAGGUGUACGUGAGGAGAGGUUAUAUAGCCUACAAACUGAACAGCUUGCAGCACCGUCAGCUCUCCGAUCGCACCUGUGUGGUAGAGUUCCAGUUUAUGUUGCCAUCAUCGCAUCCAAAUCGGCUCUCCACCCUCAGGAGCAGCCUUCUCCCCUCUUUGAAAUCAGCACCCCUGUGGAUCCUGCAGCUGGGCUCGCAGUUGGUUCCUCUCUCCCUCCUUGCCUUCCAAGAGCUCCUCAGCAGAAACUGUAACAAGACUUUGGUGGUGAAGAAGGCAGUUGUGGUGGGAUUAUUUACAGACACCUCAGCUCUGUGUGUGGCCCCUUUUUCUCUGUACAGAAUGUCCAUCCCCAUCAGCAUGUCGAACCCCGACUUAGCCCGGCAUAGCACUGAGCUGUUCAUGGACAGCGGCUUUUCUCCUCAGUGUCAGGCCUUUGACAGAUUUGAAGACUUCACAAGGAAUUUUGAUGAAGUGAUCUCCUGCUUUGCUGACCCGCCCUCGGAGAGCCCCCUGUUCAGCGAGGCGCGAUCUACGGUCUAUGAAGAAGAGGACAAUAAGAAUGUCUGCGAGGAGCCCAUUCAUAUCCUGAACAUUGCCAUCCAAUGGGCUGGCCACCUUGAAGAUGAAGAGCUGGCGUCAGUCUUCAGAGUUUUUGCUCAGUCAAAGAAAAAUGUCCUUGUUGACUGCGGCCUCCGAAGGAUCACGUUUUUAAUAGUGCAGCAGAGAGAAUUUCCCAAGUUUUUCACAUUCAGAGCAAGAGAUAAGUUUGCAGAAGACGGGAUUUAUCGGCACUUGGAACCAGCCCUGGCCUUCCAGCUAGAGCUGAAUCGGAUGCGUAACUUUGACCUGACUGCUAUCCCCUGUGCCAACCACAGGAUGCACCUUUAUCUAGGAGCAGCCAAAGUGGAAGAGGGCACGGAAGUUACGGACUACAGGUUUUUCAUACGAGCCAUAAUAAGACACUCUGAUCUCAUCACUAAGGAGGCCUCCUUUGAAUACCUGGAGAACGAGGGUGAACGGUUACUCCUGGAGGCAAUGGAUGAGUUGGAAGUGGCCUUCAGCAACACCGGUGUCCGCACUGACUGUAACCACAUCUUCCUCAACUUUGUGCCCACUGUCAUCAUGGACCCAUCCAAGAUCGAGAAGGCUGUUCGCUCCAUAGUGAUGCGCUACGGCAGCAGGUUAUGGAAACUCCGGGUUCUGCAAGCUGAAGUGAAGAUCAACAUCCGUUUGACGCCCGACGGCAAAGCCAUUCCUUUCCGCCUCUUCCUGACCAAUGAGUCUGGCUACUACCUGGAUAUUAGUCUCUACAAAGAAGUGAAUGAUCCCAGGACAGGGAAUAUCAUGUUUCACUCCUAUGGUGAUAAGCAAGGGCCACAGCAUGGGAUGCUGAUUAACACUCCAUACGUUACCAAGGACCUACUCCAGUCCAAGCGCUUCCAGGCUCAGACGCUAGGCACUACCUAUGUGUAUGACUUCCCUGAAAUGUUCAGGCAGGCUCUCUUUAAAUUGUGGAACUCUGGGGAAAGGUGCCCCAAAGAUGUCCUAACCUACACUGAGUUACUGUUGGAUUCCCAGGGUCAACUGGUGGAGAUGAAAAGAAUACCUGGAGGAAAUGAGGUUGGGAUGGUUGCUUUCAAAAUGAAUCUGAAAACCCCUGAAUAUCCCAAAGGCCGAGAUAUCAUUGUGAUCAGCAACGACAUCACCUACAAGAUUGGCUCUUUCGGACCGGAGGAGGAUCUGCUCUUCCUGCAAGCUUCGCAGCUGGCCCGCUCAGAAGGCAUCCCACGCAUCUACAUUGCAGCAAACAGCGGGGCACGGAUUGGGUUUGCAGAUGAGAUAAAGCACAUGUUCCAGGUGGCCUGGGUGGAUCCCAGGGAUCCCUACAAGGGGUUCAAGUACCUGUACCUGACACCACAGGAUUAUACAAGGAUCAGCUCCAUGAACUCAGUGCAUUGUGAGCAUGUAGAGGAAGGAGGAGAAUCCAGGUAUGUCCUAACUGAUAUCAUUGGUAAAGAGGAAGGAUUUGGAGUAGAGAACCUGAGAGCAUCAGGCACCAUUGCUGGGGAGUCCUCUGUUGCUUAUGAUGAAAUUGUGACCAUUAGCAUGGUGACAUGUCGUGCCAUUGGAAUUGGUGCGUAUCUGGUGAGGCUAGGGCAACGAGUUAUACAGGUGGAGAACUCCCACAUCAUCCUCACUGGAGCCAGUGCUUUGAAUAAGGUCCUGGGGCGUGAAGUCUACACAUCCAAUAACCAGCUGGGUGGUGUUCAGAUCAUGCAUAAUAAUGGAGUUUCCCAUGUGACUGUCCCAGAUGACUUUGAGGGUGUCUACACCAUCUUACAGUGGCUUUCAUAUAUGCCAAAGGACAGUCGUAGCCCAGUGCCUGUUACUCCUACAUGUGAUCCAAUUGAAAGAGAAAUUGAAUUUGUCCCUUCCAAAGCCCCCUACAAUCCCAGAUGGAUGCUGGCAGGAAGACCACACCCAAUGCAAAAAGGCCAGUGGUUAAGUGGUUUCUUUGACAAUGGAUCAUUUCUAGAGAUCAUGCAGCCCUGGGCACAAACAGUUGUCGUUGGCCGAGCAAGAUUAGGUGGGAUCCCCAUUGGUGUGAUAGCUGUGGAGACCCGGACAGUGGAGAUGGCAAUUACUGCUGACCCCGCCAACCUGGAUUCAGAAGCAAAGAUCGUCCAGCAGGCUGGGCAGGUGUGGUUCCCAGAUUCAGCUUUCAAAACUGCCCAGGCCAUACAAGACUUCAACCGCGAGCGGCUCCCUCUCUUGAUCUUUGCAAACUGGAGGGGAUUCUCGGGUGGCAUGAAAGACAUGUACGAUCAAGUACUGAAAUUUGGGGCAUACAUUGUUGAUAGCCUCAGGCAGUAUAAACAGCCGGUUCUUGUCUACAUCCCCCCAAAUGCGGAGCUAAGAGGAGGAUCCUGGGUAGUAAUUGAUCCAACAAUCAACCCUGUGUACAUGGAGCUUUAUGCAGACAAGGAGAGCAGGGGAGGCAUUUUAGAAGCUGAAGGAACAGUAGAAAUUAAAUUCAGGAGGAAGGAUUUGAUAAAGACCAUGAGAAGAAUUGAUUCAGUCUGUAUCAGACUUGUUGAACAGCUGGACACCCCAGGACUCCCCAAAGAGGAUCAGAGAGAGCUGGAGAAGCAGCUGAAAGCUCGGGAAGAGCUGCUGUUGCCUAUCUUCCACCAGGUGGCGGUACAGUUUGCUGACCUUCAUGACACACCAGGAAGGAUGCAGGAGGAGGGUGUGAUUACAGAUAUCAUUGAGUGGAAGAGUGCCCGCACGUUCUUGUACUGGCGUCUGUGGCGUCUCCUCUUGGAGGAGGUGGUGAAAGUGGAGAUUCGGAAUGCAGACCGUGAGCUCAGUAACAUCCACAUCCAGUCCAUGCUGCGCCGCUGGUUCAUGGAGACAGAAGGAGCUGUGAAGGGCUAUCUCUGGGACAAUAACCAGGUGGUGGCGAAAUGGCUGGAGAAACAAUGGCAAAAGGAGGAAGGUUCCCAAUCAGCCAUUCGAGAAAACAUUAAAUACUUGAAACGGGAUUAUGCCCUAAGACAUAUCCGAAGUUUGGUUCAAGCAAACCCUGAGGUGGCCCUGGACUGCAUGAUUCACAUGACUCAGCACAUCACCCGUGCGCAGAGAGCCCAAAUGGCUCAUCUCUUAUCUACCAUGGAUAAUCCCCCUUCUCCUUGAUGCCAGGAGCACUCCCUAAGGAAGUGCACAGAGAAACAACUCCUUGGAGACCGGAUGUCUUCUUGCCUACAUGUAUUUGACCCUAGCAUUGAAGCCUUAGACUCUGCUGAUGUCUCUAAAUAAACUAUUCCAGUGUUGCAUUUUCUAUCAUGAAAAUAGCCUUUCUAUGAACCCAGAGUUCAUCCUGGAUUUGUGGGGACAAUUAAAUCCAUUACAAUGGCAUUUCUGUGGGGUUUAAGUUAACCCAGAAUCACCUCAGGAGCUGUGUUUCCGACACAAAGCAGGUAGGAACGGGUGCUAGGGUCACUGUAAAAUAAACUUAACAUAGUUUAUUUUCAUAUUGUAAAUCUAGUUCUUAAUUGUAAAAUAUUGAAAAAAAAUGUCACUAUGAAUGGGCCUGAGUAGAAAUCAAAUUCUGUAUAAUAGCCUGAAAGAGAGAAAUUUUUGUAUUUAUUGUUGUCGACCGUUUGCCAGCAUAAGAAAAUCUUAUUUUUAAUGAGCAAGAGAAAAGUGUGUUUUGGAAAACAUUCAUACUGAGUAACCACUAGAAAGCCAAGGGAGAACUUCAUUAUUCCCCUACUUUGCCUGUGUUUAGUAGAGGUGACUAUGAAAUAAUUCUUGGAGUGUGGUCAGGGAUUCCAGAAAAGGUGUUAACAAAGCCAUACUUUUCAACUUCUUUCACUUUGUGUGGUCAGGACACCAAGUUUGCAGCUGCUAACACAGUUGUUGGUGCACUAUCUGUUAAACAGCCCCAGUUCCAACAAGGGAAUGAAAAGAGGCAGUUGAAUUUUUCUGUUUCUUCUGUAGUCAGUGUACCCUUCCAUUUCAUAUUGGGAUUCCUGGGAAUUAUUCCACUAUCUGCACCCACUUCCCCACCCACCUUUUGGUUUGUGGAGGGAAAGCACAUGUGGAUCUGACCGUUGGCAUGUCUUGUUUAGCAUGUCUUGAUGAAUUAGGGUAACGUAUUGUACACAUCAAAGCAUUUGGUUUAAUAAAAACAACUGUUUAGAUUUUACUGUACCUUAUUCUAUUGUGGUGGCAUUUAACAAAUCAAUUUCCCUAAUGUAUUGGCAGAAUAGGGGUAAUCCAUCCUUUUGUCAUUUCAAAAAUAAAUUCUCAGGUCAAAUACAUCCCUUGACUGUCUUGA